CCUUUGUCUAUCAUUGUCAAGAGAGGUUGUGUGUAUUGGGAUAGAGAAGUAAGAGUUAUUUGCUGUAAAAUUACAAGUUUGGCUCAAAUUGUUAGAAAUGUCUGAAUUCUGAUCUAUUUGACUAAUUGAUCAAAGUUGAGGGUCGGAUUUGACCCAUUGUUCGUGAAUCACUUUAACUUUUUAACUAUCUAUUAAAAAUACUUUUUUUUCCUUAUAUUCUUGUAUGUUUUUAAUUUUUCACCGCCAUAAUCAGCACAAUUUUCCUUCCAUUUUGGGGAAAAAAAAUCCAUCAUUAUCUUGUAAUUUUGUUUAAUCUUCAAAUUAGUUUUUCUGUAGGUAAGGUGAAUUGUAAUUUGGGGUUUGUUAUUUUUUGUUGAUUAGAUAAGUUGAAAUGAUAGAGGGUGGUGCAAGAAUCAGGCUGAGCAGGUGGCAACAGGCAGCAGUUGCGCUGGGUUCAGCGGUGGGUGCAUUGGUAGACCCGAGAAGAGCUGAUUUAAUUGCAGCUCUCGGUGAAACCACCGGCAAACCUGCUUUUGAAAGGGUUCUUCAGAGAAUGAAGAAAUGCCCAGAAGGCAGAGCAUUACUUUUGGAGAGACCACGUGUAAUAUCUGCUAAUGUAGGGCAUGCGUGGGAUUUACCACCGAAUACGUUUGGUGCUGCAUAUGCUAGAUUCAUGGGAUCAAGGAACUUUUCUCCUGAUGACCGUCCGCCAGUGCGCUUCAUGGACACAGAUGAAUUGGCAUAUGUAGCCAUGCGGGCUCGGGAAGUGCAUGAUUUCUGGCACACCCUAUUCGAUCUGCCCACCAAUCUAAUUGGGGAGUCAGCACUGAAGGUGAUAGAAUUUGAGCAAAUGUAUCUUCCAAUGUGUAUAAUGUCAGUCGUAGGCGGCACAGCAAGGUUUAAUGAGAAGCAGAGAAGAUUGUUCUUGCAGCAUUACCUCCCAUGGGCAGGCCGAGCUGGAAUGCAGUGCACUGAUCUUAUGUGUGUGUAUUACGAAAAGCACUUUCAUGAAGAUUUAGAUGAAGUCCGCAGGAAAUGGGGUAUCUCUCCUGCCCCUGCUGCUCCCAAACAAAAUAUAAACACCGCAGGUAUCUAAAAAUUCAGUUAAGCUGAAAGGUAUAAUCUAGAACCCCCUAACAUUGUGGUCAGCAGAACCACAUAAACAAUCGGAGUCGACACAACUGCAGUCUUAUAAGGAGUCUCCUAGUCAGGGCUUGCUUACAAUCUGAUAUUUAUUAAAGUGGUGUUGAAAGUCUAGCUAAAUCUUCUCUGGUGUCUCAUUUUAUUUGGUUUUAGCACUGCCAGGAUUUUAACAUUAGCAUAGUGACCAGUGAGACUUUGUAUACUCAUUCUCCUAAACCAUGCAAUAUAGAAUUUUUUGUAUUUUUUUGACAGAGUAACUAUUACCAAAUAAAGUUUGAUCUAUGGAAACUGUAUAGCUGUUUUUUCA